AUGUUCUUCAUUCUUCUCAAGAUGCGUUUGUACGACGACAACAAGCAUCGUCAUCUCCUCGUGAUGAUAAUUAGUGCAGUUUUCUUGAUGAGUUUGGCGCCUCGGACGAAGUCUUACGACAUGACGGAUGCCGAAAUCUUGCUCCGUGUCAAGAACGACAGGCUCAACGGGAAACCCGACGACUGGCUCGAGUCAACUCACGAUUCGCCAUGCAAUUGGACCGGCAUUUCUUGUGACCGCCGGAGCAACAAGGUACUUGCCAUAGAUCUAUCAAGUAUGAACAUUUCCGGGGCUUUUCCGGCGGAGUUUUGUUUAAUUGCUACUCUUGAGUAUCUAGAUAUCUCCGAUAAUAAUCUUAGCGGAAGUAUUAGAAGUGAUUCUCUUUCUCGAUGUUCUCGUCUUUCUAGCCUAAACAUUUCUUGCAAUUACUUCGAUGGUAGCUUGCCGGACUUUUCUGUGCCGUUUCUUAAUUUGACAAUCUUGGAUCUUUCUGACAAUAAUUUUAUCGGUGAAGUCCCUGCGAGUUUUGCCAACUUACGUAGGCUUCACUUUCUAUCUCUUGCUUCCAACUUGUUAAACGGGUCGAUCCCCGAGUUUUUGUCCACUUUAACGGAGUUAACCGAGUUAGUACUGGCUAUAAAUCCUUUUCGUCCAAGUCCCCUGCCACCGAGCAUCGGACGACUCACGAAACUCGAGAUCCUUAUAGCAUCAUUAGCGAAUCUGGCCGGAGAAAUCCCAGAAUCUGUCGGGGAUCUCGUUUCUAUAAAAAACUUUGACGUCUCCCAGAAUAACCUCGUGGGAAAAAUCCCCGAAACUAUUGGCAAUCUCGUUUUCAUAAAAAACUUCGACGUAUCCCAUAACAACCUCGUGGGAAAAAUCCCGGAAGCCAUUGGAUGUUUGAAAAACGUGGAACAAAUAGAAUUGCAUUACAACAAACUCUCUGGUCCUUUGCCGGACACUUUCUCCGAGCUUGUUCUUUUGCGUCGCUUCGACGCCACACGGAAUAAUCUCACCGGAACAAUACCCGAAACUCUUGCUGCUUUGCCCGUGGAAUCCCUUCAUCUCAGCUUUAACUUCUUGCAAGGCGAAAUACCUACAAGUUUGGCUCUAAAUCCAGCACUCUAUCAGCUAAGGCUCUUCGGAAACAAUCUCACCGGAGCUCUGCCGGAGUCCCUAGGCAUGCACUCGCAGAUUGAAGAAAUUGACGUGGCAAACAACAAUCUGGAAGGCCCGCUACCCCGGAACUUGUGCUACGGAAAAAAUCUUCAAAGACUGAUACUUUUCGGAAAUAGGUUUUCGGGUCAAAUACCCAAUUCUUACGCAGAGUGCACGAGUUUAACCUACGUGCGAGUUCAUGACAAUCGAUUAUUCGGGCCGGUUCCCGAUGGGAUGUGGGGCUUCACCGGGCUCUAUCACAUUGAAUUAACAAAUAAUAGUUUGCAAGGGACUAUUUCAACAUCGAUUUCGAAUGCAAAAGGCCUCCAACAAUUGCUCAUUUCCGGCAAUAAUUUCUCCGGCAAGUUUCCAGAUGAUAUAUGUGGUUUGCCGGAGUUGAGAAGAUUCCAUUCGAGCAUGAACCAAUUUUCCGGUAACCUGCCUUCUUGCAUGUACAAGUUGACGAAAUUGGAAGAGCUUCUCCUUCAACAGAACAUGUUCACCGGUGCAAUCCCGAAAAAUGUUAGUGCUAAUUGGGACGAGUUGACACGAUUAGAUUUGUCGGGAAAUAGAUUCUCUGGCAUCAUUCCGACGGAGUUGGGAAGCUUGCCGGUGUUAACAAUCCUCAAUUUGUCCAACAACCAGUUAAGUGGUGAAAUUCCGAUGGAGUUGACAAAACUCAAACUCGACGAAUUUGAUGUAUCGUACAAUCGGCUUCAAGGGAAAGUGCCGUUGGGUUUCGACACCAAAUACUUCCUCCCUAGUCUAAUCGGCAAUCUGGACUUGUGCGGUUCUACGAAACCCCUUCCUUCAUGCUCAACACAUACCACUAAAUCAGCCUCACACUUGGCACUCGUGGCUAUUCUACCAUCUCUGGCAGUACUUGUCGUGGUUUUACUCAUCUGCCUCUUCCUCACCAAAAACAAGAAAUCAAACAAUCCCGAAACUAAUAGUAAUCAGUCUUGGAAGAUUACCCUAUUCACCAAAAUCGGGUUCAAUCCCGAAGAAGUUUUAACCUCGUUGAAAGAAGAAAAUCUCAUUGGCUUUGGCGGGUCGGGUCGAGUUUACCGAGUCGAUUUGGAAGCGGGGCAGACGGUGGCUGCUAAGUGGCUAUGGGCGAACAGAGGUUCUUUAAGACAGUCCGAGAGAGAGUUCAAUUCUGAGGUUGGAAUAUUGGGAAGAAUUAGGCACAUUAAUGUUGUUCGGUUGCUAUUUAGUGGGAUAAAUGAAGAACGUAAGGUGUUGAUCUACGAGUACAUGGAGAAUGGGAGUUUGGGGGACGCUUUGCAUGGCAAUCGGGAAGGUGGGCUGGUGCUCGAUUGGCCCAAACGGUUCGACAUUGCAAUCGGGGCGGCACACGGACUCGCUUAUUUACACAGUGACUGUGUGCCUCCAAUUUUGCAUAGGGAUUUUAAGUCGAGCAAUAUUCUACUCGAUGAGGAUUUGAGGCCGAAAUUAGCUGAUUUCGGCUUGGCCAAGGCACUGAAGAAUGAGCGAGAUCAAGCCAUGUCUCGUUUCGUAGGUAGUUACGGAUAUAUUGCACCAGAAUGUGCCUACACAACAAAUGUGACCGAGAAGAGCGAUGUAUUUAGCUUCGGCGUAGUACUGCUUGAGUUGAUUACCGGUAAAAAGCCAAACGACCCGUUUUUUGGAGCGAACAGAAAUAUUGUGAAGUGGGUAAAGCAAAUUCGUUCAUUCUCAUCUACAAGACGAGGAAGUGGAGAUUAUAACGAGAUCGAAGAGGCGGGCUGUUUGGAUCAGCUCAUAGAUAGUCGAAUGAACAAAGAAACAAUCGAACAUGAAGAAGUGGAGAAUGUUCUUAAUGUUGCUAUGUUAUGCACCGCCGAUUCCCCGACCUGCAGGCCCUCCAUGGCUAGGGUUCUUGAAUUUUUAGAAGUUAGUUAG